AUGGACAUGGAUAUGGGGUCGAUGUCUGGCAUGGGAGGCAUGGACAUGUCCAGUACCAGUAUGUUUACGCCGGCCAACAAACGCAUCGCGCAGAUCUACUGGUACCUCGUCGCUGCAGCUGUUGGGAUACUGGUGCUCACCAGGAUGAUCGAUCUUCUCAGGUUGCGUCUUGCCCAACGCCAGCCGGGAGUGAUCCCAUUCAGACCUGAAAACCUAUUCGCGCAGACGUACGACACAAUGAUCGCGGUGUGCAGAGAGAUUUCAUACCCACAGAUAUGGACAUUCACUGGAAAAUAUAGCAGAUUUUUCACACCUCCGCCCCUGGGAAGAUGUCUCCUGCUUCUGAUAUACUGGACAGUGAUUUUGACCAUGUUAUGGUCGAACACAAUCCUUGGACCCAGUUCAGCCAACUACGCUUAUAGAUGGGAAAUCGUGGGCUUUCGGGCAGCAUGGGUCUCGGUGACUCAGUUACCUCUGAUUUACAUCCUAUCUGGGAAAGUCAACAUCAUCAGCAUCCUCACCGGCAUAUCAUAUGAGAGAUUGAACUGGCUCCAUCGCUGGGUCGCACGAACAAUCUUUCUAACGCUGAUCGUGCACUGGUCGUUCUUCUUCCGCGAAUGGGACAUUGCCCAUUUUGUGAAGCUGGAGAUGGACAUGAUGCCGAUGGUCAAGUAUGGCUUCGGAGCCUGGGCCGUGAUAGGAUGGGUGGUCCUUUCAGGAUUUGGGUUCUUUCGGUCUGCAUGCUACGAGUUAUGGUUCUUGCAGCACCUCAUCGCCGCCAUUGUUCUCUUGUGGUUGGUUUAUGUCCAUGUGCCAAUUUAUGCCCGCUACAAUGUGUGGUCUUCUGUCGGCGUCGUCGUCCUCGACAGACUGGUGAGGACAUUAAGAACAGUGGUCAUCAACUGUCGCCUGUCUCCCAGCAGGAAAGGCGGCAACCAGAUCAGGAGGAGAAGAAUUGGCUACGAUGCAGAAGUCAAGUGUCUGUCAUCAGAGUUCAUCCAUGUGACUGUGCGAGAUGUUAAUUUCUCCUGGCAACCUGGCCAGCACAUCUAUCUGACAAUUCCUCGCGCAGGACCCUUUGAAGCACAUCCAUUCACUAUCGCCAAUGUCUCGAGGUUGAGUUCCCCUCAGGACAAGUCAGACCGGCUGGAACUUUAUAUUCGGGUCCAUCAAGGAUUUACUCGACGACUUUACCGCCUGUGCCAAGGGUCAGAGAGGACUCCGACGUUUUUGUCCUUUAUCAGUGGUCCUUGGGGAGUCCCGACGUCCAUCGGCCGAUUUGAGUCUUUGAUUCUGGUGGCGACGGGAAAUGGGGCAUCUUUCACUGUUCCGAUAUUCCAACAAGCUUCGAUGACUACAACACAUCUACGGCAGAUCUCAUUUAUCUGGAUCAUUCCAGAUUCGCGCCAUCUGGCCUGGUUCCGGGAUCAACUAUUGUCGGCCGCAGGGUCCGCUCUGCUCCGAAACAUCAAUGUUUCUGUCCAUGUCUUUGUCACUCGCCCGGGCCGAGAUAGUAAUCCGCAGUCUUUGGAGGGUAACCCGUUGCUCGAACACAAAUACGAAAUCAACUGUCCAGAGGCAGAGGCGGCUAGUGAGGGCCCGCAAGGCUCGAAGCAAGCAAUACUGUCUCGGGAACCCUCGACAGAAAAGGAUUUCAGUCAUAAUGGACAAGAAGCAUCAUCCUUGUGGACGUCAUCUGCAUCGAAUGACUCCCCUACCAUCAUCUUAGGUACUGGCCGGCCAGAUCUCGAUACACUUAUUCGACCAGUGGUAGAAGAGGCGUUUGGAGAGACGGGCAUUUUUGCUUGUGGCGGCGCACAGUUUACAGAUUCGAUGAGAAACUAUGUAGCCAGCCUGUCGGACGAGAGGGCUGUACAUAAAGGGACUGCGGCCCAAGGGCUGUACCUGUUCUGCGAGACAUACGGUUGGUAG